GGUGAAGGAUUCAGACGGGAGUUGACGACCGACUCAUCCGUCAUGAGGUGAAGCGGAUACUUAAUUAACCAUCGACUCGGAGACAAAAAGACUCCGAUGUUGCUGCCAUGUGCCAGCCUCGCACCCGAAGCAGACGAAAAACUCCGCUCAACGAAGACCUCCUGUCGACUUUCUGUUCUCUGAUUGAGGAAACUUUCAGUGACUCUCCUCCGGGACUCACGGAGCUCCACCACGUCUCCACCCAGACCCCACCUUCAUCCAGCAGCAGCUUCCUCAUCCUCCCACAGGACUGGCUGUACUGUCAGUGAGGUUCAUUCACAAAUGUCUACCUCACGAUUAAAAGAGCUCUCUCCAACACUGCGACCCUGAACAGGAAACAAAAUGACCUCGAGCAUCGACCGGGAUGACAGCAGUAUCUUUGAUGGGUUAAUGGAAGGGGAUGAAAAGGACAAAGCAAAACGAGAGUCCCGAAACAAGUCCGAGAAGAAACGCAGAGACCAGUUCAAUGUCCUCAUCAAGGAGCUGGGCACCAUGUUGCCGGGCAACACCCGCAAGAUGGACAAGUCCACUAUUUUGCAGAAGAGCAUCGACUAUCUGCACAAACACAAGGAAAUCGCUGCUCAGUCGGAGUCGACUGAGAUCAGACAAGACUGGAAGCCUCCUUUUCUUAGUAAUGAAGAGUUCACUCAGCUGAUGUUGGAGGCGUUAGAUGGAUUUUUCCUCGCAAUUAUGACUGACGGGAAUAUAAUCUACGCCUCUGAGAGUGUGACGUCUCUACUAGAACACUUACCCUCUGAUCUUGUGGAUCAGAACCUGUUGAACUUCCUGCCCAUGGGGGAGCACUCAGACGUGUACAAGGCUCUGUCCUCUCAUAUCAUGGAAGGAGAGACUCUGACGCCCGAAUACCUGAAAACAAAGAAUCAGCUGGAGUUCUGUUGCCACAUGCUCCGAGGGACCAUCGACCCCCAAGAGCCGCCUGUGUACGAGUACGUCAAGUUCAUUGGAAACUUCAAGUCCCUGAAUAAUGUGCCUAAAUGUUCCCGAAACGGUUUCGACGGAGUGAUUCAGAGAUCGCUUCACUCCGCCUGUGAAGACGGAGUUUGUCUCGUAGCAACUGUGAGACUCGCCAAACCACAGUUUAUCAAGGAGAUGUGCACUGUAGAGGAGCCCAAUGAGGAAUUCACCUCCAGACAUAGUUUAGAGUGGAAAUUUCUCUUCUUGGACCACAGAGCUCCUCCCAUCAUAGGCUACCUCCCGUUUGAGGUGCUGGGUACGUCAGGGUACGACUACUACCACGUAGACGACCUGGAGACGCUGGCCAAAUGCCACGAACACCUGAUGCAAUAUGGCAAAGGGAAGUCCUGCUACUACAGGUUCCUCACCAAGGGGCAGCAGUGGAUUUGGCUUCAGACCCACUACUACAUCACCUACCACCAGUGGAACUCCAGACCAGAGUUUAUUGUCUGCACACACACUGUUGUGAGCUACGCUGAAGUGAGAGCAGAGCAGCGCAGAGAGCUCGGGAUUGAAGAAUCUCAACCUGAGAUCACAGCAGACAAGACGUCUCAGGAUUCAGGCUCUGAGUCGCAGCUCAACACGUCCAGCCUGAAGGAGGCUCUGGAGCGCUUCAACCACAGCCGCACGCCGUCGGCUUCGUCUCGCAGCUCGCGGAAAUCCUCCCACACCGCUGUGUCUGACCCGCCCUCGUCACAGAUGAAGCUCCAGGCCGACAGUAGGAGUACUCCGGGUCGCCAGUCCGUCUCCGCUGUGGAGAUGACGUCCCAACGAAGGUCAUCCAUCAGCAGUCAGCAGUCGAUGAGCUCCCAGAAUACAGGACAGAACAUGGCAACAUCCAUGGUUUCACAACAACAACAACAACAACAACAACAACAACAGCAGCAGCAACAACAACCUCAACAGCAACAAGUUCAGAUCAGCAGCCAAUCGAUGGUGCAGUUCUCCAGUCAGCUAGAAGUCAUGCAUAACCUGAAGGAGCAGCUGGAGCAGAGGACCAGGCUGAUCGAGGCCAACAUUCAGCGGCAGCAGGACGAGCUGCGGCAGAUCCAGGACGAGCUGCAUCGAGUCCAGGGACAGAACCUGCAGAUGUUCUUGCCUAAAGCAGCCGGAGGACUGAGUCUGGGCUCCGUUCAGAUGGCCCAGGGGAACAUCGUGCAGCAGGGUGGAACCCUCGGCAUGCAGGGUCAGGUGGUCUCUGCAGGGCCUCUACAGACCAGCAUCCAGCAGCAACAACAUGCCGUCCAGCCACAGCAGCAGACACUCCUACGGGAUCAGAACACGGCGCUCUCACAGCGGACGUCUCUGACUCUGCAGCCUCAACAAAACUCACUGUCGGCGUCUCUCUACAACACGAUGAUGAUCCCUCAGCAGAGCCCGGCUAACGUGGUCCAGAUCGCCACCAGCCUGGCUCAGAACACCGGGCCCAACACUCCCGCCGUGGCCACAUUCGCACAGGACCGUUCUGCUCAGAUUAGGUUUCCUGCCAGUCCUCAGCUGCUCACCAAGCUGGUGACGGGUCAGAUGGCGUGCGGUGCCGUCAUGGUCCCCACCACCAUGUUUAUGGGCCAAGUGGUGACGGCCUUCGCGCCUCAGCAGGGCCAGACCCAGACCAUCAGCAUCUCCCAGCAGCCACCACAGCAGCAGCAGCAGGAGCAUCAGCAGGUACAGCAGCAGUCACAGGCCACAGCCAUGCAGCAAGGGCAGGCUCAACUGGCCCAACAGCAAACACAGUUCCUACAGGCUCCUCGGCUUCUUCAUGGAAACCAGUCUGCCCAGUUGAUCCUGCAGGCAGCGUUCCCUUUGCAGCAGCAGGGAACCUUUGCUGCCACGACACAACAACAACAACAACAACAACAACAACAACAACAACAGUUACAACAGAAGCAGCUACAGCAGCAGAAACAGCAGCUGGCUCCUCACAGGACGGACAGUUUGUCCGACCGCUCAGCUUCACAGCCACAGUAGCCGGCUGCAGCCAAUCAGUAGCGGAGCGAGAGCCAAACCAGAGCGUGGGGGGUCUAAAGAGGAGUCCUGAGACGUGAUUGGACGAUCAGGCUGUGGAUCCCCCCCCCACCCCCAGAAGGAUCUUUAGCUGUUUGCACUUAACUCCUGCUGCAGAGAACACAGGACUGGGCUCGCUGUGUCUCUCUGGCUGGAGGCGUUUCUCCAAGAAACCAGGGAGCCACAACCCCUAUAAAGGACCCCCCUCACAACCUCCCCCGGUGUGUUCAAUGUGUGUGUGUGUGUGUGUGUGUGUGUGUGUGUGUGUGUGUGUGUGUGUGUGUGUGUGUGUGUGCUCGCUCCUCCAUUCGCCUCACAGGAUUAUUUUUAUGCAGAAGUUUCCGGUUAAUAAACUUAAUGCAGCCGAAGCUUCGAGGACGUCCUAGAGAAAAAAACCAGCCAGAGGCUUGUUUGUUUUUGGAUGUUUUCUCCUAUUCUUGUUUUUGGUUUUUUUUCAUGUAAAAAAUUAUAAUUAUGGGUCAGAAAAUAUUUUUUAAGAAUGUGGUGUAGAUUGAACUUUUACUGUACAGAACUUGAUGUGUAAUAUAUUAUGUAAAUAUACCAGAAAAAGAAAGAACUAAUAUUUUAUAUGAUGCAUGAAAUGAAAUGCGUAGUCUGUUAUUCGCAGCUUUGAAUAUAUGUUUUUGUUUUUGUUUUCUAGAACUCUAAAGAAAAGAUCUUAAAAUGCUGAGUGGCUGAUAUUUUCACAGACUCCCAGUUUGUGUGUCUGCUCAGCAGACGAUGCUGCUUGUUGUGUCACAGUUUGUUUAAACCUCGAGCCAAUAUUUUCACAGGACUUCAUAAAACUGUCAAAUUGAUCAUGAGAAAUGUUUUGAAGUAUUUUUUUUAAAAAAAAACUUUUUAAAAUGUGCAUAAAGUCUGCACACAAAUUUUAAACUUGAGUCAAAUAUUAAUAUUAAAUAUGCAGAUUAAGUUAAAUGUAUGCAACAAUAAUAACAUAAUGCUUUAUUUCUUCAUUUUUAGCACGGAGAUCCUUUCAUUUCAGUUCCAUUCAUAAAGUCUUUGAAGCGGCUUUAUUCAAUCUAUAGGUAUUUAUCCCCUAAAAUAUAUUGAAACAUUCUCGUAGCUACUAACCGCUGUUUCGUGGUUGGAAGUGUUGUUUCUUGAGAAAUUUUGAUAACUGCACAUUCAACUGCAGCUCUUUAAACUUCAUGCGAUUCUCUUUAUGUUCACUCAAUCUCACUUUAAACCUGCAAUAACUGUUUUUGGCCACUUGGUGGCAGCAGAAACCCGACACCGACAUAUUCAAUGUGUUCCAAUACUACCACACUAUUCAGUAUGCCAGAAAACGAUUGUGUCCCAACACACAGUACAUCAAAUGCAGUAUUCCAGAAAUACAUCUGGUCUCCUUUUGCAGUAUGAAAAGCCAGCAUGCUGUUCUGACUGAUCUGCAGAGUGAAGCUGAUGCAGAAGUGUCCUAAACCUGCAUUCUCUCUAAUGGCCAUCAGGGGGCGACUCCUCUGG